AUGGAGACUAUCAACAGAGCCCUCGACUCCGCUUCGCAUGCUAUCUGGGGUGAAACCCACCCCCAGCACCAGCAGCACGGCGAAGAACCUCUCUCCGGAGUCCAAGGACAAGGGAAAGCCACAGAUCCCUAUGACGCCGGAAACCGUGAUGUCCAACCCGGCGCCCCCUCCACAACAUCCCCAACAGCAACCACACCCGCCUCCCAAAAGAAAUCCGUCCGAGACCCCACCGGCCGCUCCUCCGAGCCCCUCAGCCCCGCCGUCAGCGAAGACGCUGACCCGCAAGUCGGAGGAUACCCCCGUCCGGGAACCGGAAAUGGCUUUACAUCAGCGGGUCUGGCCUCCGGCGUCCCAGAGGAGCCAGGUCUAGAUGCGGAUCCGGUGCUUAAUGGUGUUGAUCCCAAGACCCAGAGCCAGAGCCAGGGGAUGGCGAAUGCGACGGGCGUUCCGGAGGGCGAGCAGAGGACGGUCAUGGGAAAUAAUCCGCCCGGUUUGAACUCGAGGACUAGUAUGGGUCCUGGGUUGGGGGCAAUGGGGGAGCCUAGUACGGCUGUCGCUGGUGGUACUGCUGGUGGUGCCGCUGGCGCUGGUGCUGGGAUUGGUGGUGGCGCUGCUGCCGCGGGAAGUACUGCCGGACGAGAUGGCAGCAGCACCAGCCAGGCUGCUGAGCAGAGGGCUAGUAGUGAUGGUGGUGGCGGCGGCCAGAAUGCUCAAUAUGGCAAACCAAAUGGUAACGGCGGUCAUCAGGUUAGUGAGGAGGCGCUCAAGGGCCCGCAGGCGCCGCCUCCGAGGGAGAAAUAUGAGUUUGAGAAGGAGAUGGAGGGGAAGCCUGCUAAUAAAGGUGCUGGUGGAGGAGGUCAAUCGCAACCCCAAGGAGGGAAGGCCCAGAGCGGGAACGGGGGCCAUCACCAUUUCAAGGCUAUGGAGAAGGUGAAGGAGAAGAUGGGUCGGGCAACUAAGGCUGGAACCCAUAAGUAA